UAUGCUUACUUCUGCAUGCUGGUUCGYAUUCCACCUUAUCUUUGUGGACCACACGUCCCGUUCUUGUCGUCAGCCUUAAUUUCCAGAAGACGUAUUACGAAGCCAAACACACGUGAGACGACAUUGGGAGUCCUGGUGUUGAAACAUUUCCUGUGUCUCGUCUUUCUUUCUGAAGUUGCUGACUCGUUCGACCACAAGAAGUUCUUCGAGAUCGUUGGUCUGAAGUCCAAAUCCCCCGACGAUGUGAAGAAGGUCUUCACGGUGCUGGACGCCGACAACAGCGGCUUUAUAGAGGAAGAGGAGCUCAAAUUUGUCCUGAAGGGUUUUGCCAAGGAUGGUAGAGACCUGACAGACAAAGAAACCAAAGCGUUUUUAAAAGCGGCUGACAAGGACGGAGACGGCAAGAUUGGAAUCGAUGGUAAAUACAAAACGUCUAAAUCCGACCGCGAAUGAAAUUAAAUUAAUAAU